AAAGUAACUUCAGAUGUUUUCAAAUGUAGAGGGUAAAAUUGGAAAAAUACCUAACUCGUAUCAUUAUUUGUACUUCAUUACCUUCCACCACUGAUAAAUCGAGCCAAACAUAAACCUGCAUCUCCAGCACAACUGGUGUCAACCCCCGCACCAUCCCCCACCUCUUCCUCUUACUGCACGUUCCACCUGUCCCCCCUUCUCCAUGGUGGGCUGGCGACCCACAAAGCAGCCGUCAUUCAGUAGUAAUGCUAUGCUGAUCCGGAGCGGACCCCUCAGUCACCGGAUCAGGUGCAGCUGCUCGGUCACUCGGUGCUAUUUUCACCCUGAGGAUAAAGUGAUGUGCACGCCACGCUCACACGUCAGGCUGCCAGGAUGAAGUCCGCAAGCGGCGAGCGCACAGACUGCUUCGCGACCGACCCAGAGGACAGAGACAGCGAGAGCGGAUCGGACGGAAAGUCCACCGGCGCCUGCAGCCCUCACCGCGGAAAGGAGCCGGAGCCGGCCAGGCGAUGGAGAAGGUGGAGACGUGGCAGAGAAGGGCGUCUUCCACUUGGUGUGAGUAAACAGAGGCAGGCGGCCAACGCGAGGGAGCGGGACAGGACGCACAGUGUCAACACGGCCUUCACCACGCUGCGUACACUCAUCCCGACCGAGCCUGCCGAUAGGAAGCUCUCCAAGGUGGAGACGUUGCGUCUAGCGUGCAGCUACAUCUCACACCUUUCCAACGUGUUGAUGCUAGGGGAGGAGAAGCGCGACGGGCAGGCGUGCCUCCGCCACCAGGCUGCCGGCGUGCACGGCCCCGCACAACGGAGCGCGCCGCCGCUCCGGGCCAUCUGCACCUUUUGUCUGAGCAACCAGAGGAAGCAGCUCAGAGACGACAGGAAGAGGUCAACUAAAGUGUAAAUCCACAGAACUACAUGAAGCGGUCGCGCACGUUUACAUUUGUACAUAUUUAAUAUUUGUUCUUAGUUUUGAAGAAAAAAAAAAACUGGAAAGCACUUUGGUUUGUGCCUGUGAACCAACCUGUUUUGGUUGAGUUGCAACCUAAGCCUGUGUACGGUUGCACUAUUUUGGCCACACCAAGCCCCUAUAACUUCUGCAGGAAGUGUAACUAUCAAAUAUCUGCAAUAUUUUGCACAAUUCACAUUACUUCUAUGCUACACAAGGCCCUUUCAGACAGUGUUUUAAAAUUGUGCAUUUAGAACAAUGUAUAACCCUCCAAAGAAAUGUUGCACUACCUCAAACAUGUUUACCUCAACAUCAAAUGUGUAACAUAUUGUGGCGUGAUAC